AUGAGUGCGAAGACUCUUGUGACAAUCGCCAGCGUCGGCAGCGGUUUGGCCAUCAUCGGAUGUGUGCUGACUGUCGGAAUCAUCUUCAACGACAUCAACAACUUCUACGAUGAGACGAUGGAUGUCAUGGCCGACUUCAAGCUCAAUGAGCAGGGUGCUUGGCAUGGAAUGGUGAAGACCACUCGGGCGCCAUCUGAGAUUCUUUUCGGACGUGCCAAGAGACAAGCGGGACAAUGCAACUGCGGAGCGCAAGCUUCCGGAUGCCCAGAUGGACCACCAGGACCACCAGGAGCCCCAGGAGCUCCAGGAGAGGACGGACAUCCAGGAGAGCCAGGACAGCCAGGAGGACACGGAGCCACCAUCGGAAUCGUUCCAGACGGCAAGAAGUGCAUCUCGUGCCCAGCCGGAGAGCCAGGACCUGCUGGACCACCAGGACCCGCCGGACCACCAGGACCAGACGGACAGCCAGGAGCGCCAGGAGUCGGAGGAGGACCGGGACCAGCCGGACCACCAGGACCAGCCGGAGAUGCCGGAGCCGCAGGAGCCCCAGGAAACGAUGGACAACCGGGAGCCCCAGGACAGUCAGGACAACGCUCCAUCGGAGUUCCAGGACCAGCCGGAGCCCCAGGACCACAAGGAGCCCCAGGACAACCAGGACAGCCAGGACAAUCAGGAGGACAAGGAGCACCAGGACCAGCUGGAGCCCCAGGACCAGUCGGACAGCCAGGACAGCCAGGAGCUCCAGGACAGCCGGGACCAGACGGCCAGCCAGGACAGCCAGGAUCCGACGCCGCCUACUGCCCAUGCCCAGCCAGAUCUGUCGCUGUUCAGAGAAAAUCCUCGGUUCGCAGAGCCUCGAAGGUCGUUGUCUAA